AUGAAAGUACCAGAAGGCAUUUCCAACCCUGAGAACAAAGUCUGUAAACUCAGAAAAUCCCUCUAUGGUUUGAAGCAGGCCUCUAGACAAUGGUUUGCAAAGCUUCACACUGAGUUGCUGAAACAAGGUUUUGCUCAAUCUAAAAAUGACUACUCUUUGUUCAUCAAGAAAACUGAGCAUCACAUUACCUUGGCUGCUGUUUAUGUGGAUGAUAUUCUCUUAACAGGGAAUCAUUUACCUACCAUUGAUGCAUUGAAAGCUCAUCUUCAUGCUGUUUUUAGCAUCAAGGACCUUGGUGUCAUGAACUAUUUUUUAGGCAUUGAAGUUGGUUAUUUAUCUAAUGGUGUUGUUCUAACUCAGAAGAAAUUCACAAAAUCUCUCCUAGUUGACAGUGGUUUUGAUCUUCAUAAGUUUGCUGCAGCCCCUCUACCUAUCAACACUAAGCUUCUUUCAGAUGAUGGAGAUCUUUAUGCCAACCCUGAAUUAUACAGAUGUCUUGUUGGUAAACUGAAUUUUUUGACACACACCAGGCCUGACUUGUGUUUUGCUGUCCAACUGUUGAGUCAGUUUAUGCAUUCACCUAGAGUAUCUCAUGUUCAUGCUCUCCAUCAUGUGCUCAGAUAUGUAGCUGGUUCAGAAGGUCAAGGCAUCAUCUUAAAAGCUACAGAUUCUUUGACCCUACAGGCCUUCUCUGACAGUGAUUGGGCUUCCUGUCCUAACACUAGAAGGUCCAUUACAGGAUAUAUCUUACUUUUGGGCAACUCUCCUGUAUCUUGGAAAUCCAAGAAGCAAGGUACUGUUUCCAAGAGCUCUUCAGAGGCUGAAUACAGGGCAAUGGCUGCAGCUGCAUCUGAAGUCACUUGGCUGGUUAGGUUGUUGGAAGAAAUUGGUGUCAACUCCCUCAAACCAGUCACAUUGCAUUGUGACAAUCAAUCUGCUAUUUAUAUUGCCAAAAAUCCGGUUUUUCAUGAAAGAACCAAACAUAUUGAGAUUGAUUGCCACUUCACAAGGGACAAAGUUUUGGAGGGUCUCAUUCAGCUGACUUACUUGCCUACUCAGUCUCAACUGGCUGAUAUCUUCACUAAAGCUUUGCCAUCACCCCAGUUUUAUCAAUUGCUUUCCAAGCUAGGUGUCUCUUCUGCACCUCCUAGCUUGAGGGGGGGUGUUGGUUAUACUACCACACCUGCUGACACUAUACCAGCAAAGCAAGCACACCACUGCAGAGCUACACUCAGCCACACUGGAUCAUACCCCAUGUAA